GGUAAACAUUUUUAAUCACAAACACAAAAAAUGAAACUAAUUGUUCAGCACUCUCAUAUAAAAAUGGUGGUAAAAAUAGUGGUUACCUUGUUUCUUCUUGCAUUUGGCCUUGCUCAUGCUAGAUAUCCAAUUUUCCCAACCCCAUAUGCUCCUCCAUCAAACGGAAUUGUGAAGACAUCAGUGAAUCAAUUCCCAGGCUUUACACCUCCAUUUUACCCUCCAGGACACAAAAAACAUCCACCAAGUCUAGAACAUCCAGCUAAGAAUGCGAAGAUGUCAAUAAACUAAUAUUUAUACAUAUAUUUGUUUUUCCGGUUAUAAAAAUUGCACCCUAUAAAUUGAUAUGUUUUAAAAUAAAAUAAAUAUAGUACCUGAUAAUGUAAAAUUUGUUUGGUAUUAUUGUGCAUUUUAAUAUCAUAAAUUUAUAUUACUUUAUCCAUUU